AUGCACACGGAGCCCCUGUUGGGAGCACGGAGGCGCUGGUUGUUAGUGGAUGGCAUUGGCUGCUGCGUCGAUUGGCACUCCUUCUGGUAUCGAUCUUGGGCAACGACUGUGACAAAAGAGUAUCUGUCUUCUCCUAUCAGCCGGCGCGGGCUCUGGAAGUAUUGCGGCAUCUUUGUGACGUGUUGUCUGAUCGCGGACGUCGUCUACGCCCUGUCAGCCCCAGAGCACGGUGGCGGGUGGGACCUGGCGUAUUAUUGUUGCUUACUACGUGUGCGAAUAUGUUAUGGCAAUCUUGUUAGUGCUCCUUCCCGUGACGACGCUGAAGUCGGAUGCAGUAGUAUUGGUGUAUUCGUUUCUUGUGCUUCUGUUGAGUUUGGCAACUUGGCAACAAAGCCAUACGGGAGCUUCUGCCUAUGA